GGGGGUAGCGGGUGGCUGGAGCCAGGUGUUCCUGGGAGGCGCAAAGCGACUCGGUGUGUCGGAGCUGGCCGCUCGGCGCCUUUAGACAAAGCUCAGCUAACAGGCUAGCAGCCCGCUAGCUCCAAACAUCCGCACAGAUCGAGUUUAAAACCGCAUCAAAGUGCUCUCCGCGCGGCUUCACGCCAUCCGGACGGUCUGGAGUCGCUUCAGGCGUUCGCUCCUGCCGCCACAGCGGUGCUGUGGGCGACAUUAAUCCAGUUUUCGGUCUUCUGUGAGCACUAAUGCUCCGUUAGCCGCCGUUAGCUCAUAUUUUGCCCUGGCUUGCCCGCCAUCUUUUCAAGCGAGGGAGGCUGUGGACGCGGCCGGAGCGGCGCGGCUGUCGGGUGGCUGCAGGGCGGCAAUCCGAACCUCAUCUUCCGCCCCGGGUGUCCGCGCUUGGCGGAAUCGCCGAUUGAACGGGUUCCUGUGGUUUGUGGGGUCACGGCGGUGGCUGUUAGCCGUUAGCUCCGUGGUUAGCCGCUGGUCGGCAGCAGCGUGCCUCGGCAGGGCUCCGACAUGUCUAGAUCCCCGCGGACCCUCACCCGGACGGGCGAUCCGGGUGUGACAGUGCGGGUGUGGGCUGCUCUUCGGGUGUAUGCUUUCCCAGAGCUGCUCUGGGAUGGCGGGGCGCAUCGUGGCGGUUUCCGAAAUCAUCUGUCCGGAGCCUGUCAGUUCUGUGCGUGAGGCCUAUUUUGGGUGUGUGAGAACUCUGUCCGGGGGUUUGAGGGUCCGUCCGGGUUGGUAGGACUGCAGUGAGCUUGUGUGUGUGUUUCUGAGGCUGUGUUUUGACAGCAACACAUUCAAAUGAAAACUUCAGUGGCCUUUUGUGUCUAAUAGCUAAACAUUUUGACCAUGGUUCUGAAGGUGGAACUUUCUGAAACACUUGGACUCUGUCUUUGUGGAAACUGUGGUCCUGGUCUUGGUCGUACUCCUGCUCUACUCCUGGUCCCAGUCCAUAUUGUCCUGGUCGUAGUCCAUAUUCUCUUGGAUUUGGUAGUUUUAUAGUUGACAGGCACCGUAAUAACAAUUAAACUUGGUGGUCUGUUCAUAUGAAUGUCCGUGUUCUCUGCAGUGUGUGUGUGUGUGUGUGUGUGGUUUCAUUACAAAACCAAACAGCACCAGCUAGUGGACCAACACAGAAAUCUACUUUGUUUUCACUGUGUCUUCUGUUUCCAUGUUGUUUAUCAGAGCAUUGCUGUGGAAACGGUUUAAAGUUCUCAGAUUGCAGACUUUAUGGAUGAACUAAGGAGAACCGCUCACUCCAGGUGUCUGUGAAGAUUUAGGGCCCUUUCACACCAGCCCUGUAAAAUCCGGAUUUUAGAUCAAAGCAGGAAUUUCUGGAAAAAUUCUCAUCAUUAAUGCAUGUUUAAACUCUCCCCUGAACUUGGAUCCAGAUCUUUGUGGUGAACCCUGGAUCUGUAGGAUUGGCCCAUCCCGAUGCAGACCUAUGGGCUGUCAGACAGCCUCAGUGAGAGGACGUCAUGUGGAGCUCAGUGCAUUUGAAUAGCAGAAUAAACAAAACCAACGGCACAAGUCAGAAGAAGCAGACACACAAAGAAAGAGUUAGAAUCCUUCUCGUGGGUGACAUGGAGUGGUUAGGAAGUGCAGGUGCUUAUUGGUAGAUGGUUAAAAGACCAUUGUUUGUGGUUAGACGUUAGCUGCUAACCACUAGCCGGUUGCUGGGGCGGGACCUCCGGUUUCGGUCUGCACCAGUCAAAUGAGCCAGAUUUCUUCUUCUGCCUGUCUGGUCAGUGUUCAUUUUGACCAACGGCGCCCCCAAACAAGCAGCUUCUGAAACUGCAUGACGUUGUCCGUACGUUUGGUCUGUCAGUGGUCCGCUCUCAAGAAUGCAGUGUGUACGCAAGCCGAACCAAAAGGAGGCGUGAUAAUUCUCUUCCCCUACCUGCACAGGAGAGCCGAAUCCCGGACCUUCCAGCAAUGAAAGGAGCCUUAAUUUACAAUUUUCACAUGGACUUGACCCAAACACAGAACCCAGUAGAUUCUUUGGUAUGGAUGAAGAAAACAGGUUCUGACAGUUUUGAGUCGGGUGGAAUCGGAAAACUGCCAGAACUGCAGCGGUUCUGAUCUAGAACGACGGUCGAUGUCGGACCGGAGGUCACAGAGAACAGUCUGGAGACCCUCUCGGCUUUGCUUUUUCAUUGCAGAUGUAGUGUUCCGAGGUUUAAAAUGCCCGUACUUGUAAAUCAUCCUGGAGCGUUGUGAAUGGCAUCUUGUUGACGAACAAAACGGAAGCAUGUUGUAGAAAUGCUUGUGUGAGUAACACAAUUCUGAGAUACCUUUAUUACACUGAACCCUUCUGUUUGAUGUCUCGUUUAGAAGCAGCGGGAAAUAAAAACCAAUGAUAGGACUGAUGGGGAACGACUCCAGAACGUUCAUCCACUUCGGCUGCGAGCUUGUCCACACUGUCAGAACUCAGAGACCGUGAGUUCAACUCAGACUGAAGGCACUAAGAAUAUUGGGAACCUUUACACUGGAACACUGGGAAGAGUCCACACAGGGAACGUUGGAAUACUUUCUUCUUAGAACAUUUUAUACUGCAGGUCUGCACUAGGAACACUGGAAACUGUUCACACUGGGGACACGGCAACCCUUUACUGUGAGAACACUUUACACUGGAACACUUUGCAGUUUGAGCACUGGGAAAGGAAUACAGCUCCAAACUUCAAACAACCAGCUUGAAUCUGCUUGCAGUAUUUCAGUUGUGAGUCGGUGUCCCCACUAACUGACUGUGUUUUUCAGGUUGUGCAAUGGGAGAGUGUCUCUUCGAGGGUAUUGGUGACAGCAGCAUCUGAACUGAACACACACACACACACACACACACACACACACACACACACACACACACCCACCCCCCCUCAGCCCACAGCGGCACUUGGAUUCUUCGUCCAGGUUGGACGGCAACGUCCCACAGUGCAUCGCUGCGUCUCUGUCGUCCACCAUGUCGGACGCUCCUGAGGCUGCGCCCGCCAGCCCCCCUCCCCUCAGCAACCCGCCACCCCCUGAGGUCACCAACCCCACCAAGCCUGGCAGGAAGACCAACCAGCUGCAGUACAUGCAGAAUGUUGUGGUGAAAACUCUAUGGAAGCAUCAGUUCGCCUGGCCGUUCUACCAACCAGUGGACGCCAUCAAGCUUUGUCUGGCGGAUUACCACAAGGUCAUUAAGAACCCGAUGGACAUGGGAACUAUCAAGAAACGUCUAGAGAACAAUUAUUACUGGAGUGCCAGUGAGGCCAUGCAGGACUUCAACACCAUGUUCACCAACUGUUACAUCUACAACAAGCCCACAGACGACAUCGUCCUCAUGGCUCAGGCUCUGGAGAAGAUCUUCCUUCAAAAAGUUGCUCAGAUGCCUCAAGAAGAAGUUGCUCUGCUUCCUCCAGCUCCCAAAGGCAAGAACAAGAGCAAGCAGCCUGCUGCUACCACAGUGAGCCAGCAGGCAGAGUCCUCAGCCUCCCCUCCCCCCUCCUACCCCUCCCCCUCCCCCUCUCAGACGCCUGUCAUUUCCACCACGCCCACACCACUCCAGGCCACGCCCCCUGUUUCUGCACCACCGCCCCCUGCAGCCAUGAUGCCGUCGGCACAGCCUGUAGUAAAGAAGAAAGGAGUGAAGAGGAAAGCCGAUACCACUACUCCUACCACGUCGGCCAUCUCCGCCGGCCGCGCAGACUCCCCAUCUGCCCAGGACACCAAACCGGUCAAGCUGGCCUCGUCCCGUCGGGAGGCAGCCGCCCGCCCCGCCAAGACCCGGCGGGAGACGGGGGAGGAGGUCGCAGGUGGCGAGGUGGGGGGCGGGGGAGGGGCCGGAGUGGGCGGCAGGAAAGGGAGUGGUAAGCUGGGUGAGCAGAUGAAGCACUGCGACGCCAUCUUGAAGGAGAUGCUGUCGAAGAAGCAUGCCGCCUACGCCUGGCCAUUCUACAAGCCGGUGGACGCCGAGGCGCUGGAGUUGCACGACUACCACGACAUCAUCAAGCACCCCAUGGACCUCAGCACUGUCCGGAAAAAGAUGGACAAAGGAGAGUACAGUGACCCUCAGAGCUUCUCCAUUGAUGUCAGGUUAAUGUUCUCCAACUGCUACAAAUACAACCCUCCGGACCAUGAGGUGGUGGCCAUGGCCCGCAAGCUGCAGGAUGUGUUUGAGAUGCGUUUUGCUAAAAUCCCAGAUGAGGGCCUGGAGGCGUCGGUUCCCUCCACGACGCCGCUGGUUAGUAAAAGCACCGCCUCCUCCGACAGCAGCAACAACUCCUCCUCCGACGAAUCGUCCGACUCUGAGGAGGAGCGGGCCACGCGGCUGGCCGAGCUUCAGGAGCAGGUUGGUGCUGCCGACCAAUCACAGCUGAAGGCGGUGCACGAGCAGCUGGCUGUCCUCUCCCAGGCUCCUGUCAGCAAGCCAAAGAAGAAGAAAGAGAAGAAAGACAAGGAGAAGAAGAAAGAUAAGGACAAAGACAAGGUCAAUAAAGGAAAGAUAGAAGAAGAGAAGAAGCCCAAGGCUGCUGCUCAGCAGCCCAAACCAGCCAAUCAGAAGAAGGCACCUGCCAGAAAAGCCAACAGCACGGUGACGGCCACCAGGCAACCCAAGAAAGGCAGCAAGACAUUGGGCGGCGGGUCGGCCAACGGAGACGACGGUGAGGAGUCUUCGCUGCCGAUGUCCUACGACGAAAAGCGGCAGUUGAGUUUGGACAUCAACCGAUUGCCGGGCGAGAAGCUGGGCCGUGUGGUCCACAUCAUCCAGUCAAGAGAGCCGUCGCUCAGAGACUCCAACCCAGAUGAAAUCGAGAUCGACUUCGAGACCCUGAAACCCUCUACGCUCCGAGAGCUGGAACGCUACGUCAAGUCCUGCCUGCAAAAGAAGCAGAGGAAGCUACUGCAGAAGGCAGCCGGAAGUGGACCCUCAGGAGGCGGGGCUAGUCGUUUGAGUGGCAGCUCCUCUUCCUCUUCUGAUGACAGCUCCUCGACAGGAACCUCCUCUUCCUCCGACACAGACUGAACACACACACACACACACACACACACACACACACACACACACACACACACACACACACACACACUCCUACAAUUAUCAACUCCACAUAUGCAGACACAGAACAUACACUCAUGUAAACUUCCCUCCUGAACCCACACACACACACACACACACACACGCACACACACACACACACACACACUCAGACUUGGAGACUGUAUGUAAAUAGGCUGACCUGUUUUUUAGCUCCUAGUGUUGUUUUGUUUAAUUUUCCUGGAGAAUGGAGCAGGAGGAGGAAGCAGGGACGUCAGCUUCCAGCUGCUCCACCUGCUGCCAGACGAGAUUGAGUGCGUCCUGCGGGUGGAUUGUGUGUGUGUGUGUGUGGAUUGGCGGAGACGUGGAACCAGGAUCAGGAACUAGCUGCUGUCAGUCCACCACUCGAACCAGAUCUGGACUCGGCGGGUCACCACUACUCCUCCUCGUGCCAAGCCGGCAAUGACCCCGAAGCUCUGAAAACAUUCCAGAAACAUCUGCAGAGCAUCAUGGGAAAAGAGGGGCAGGAGGAUAUUUGUGGGAUGAAAGCGAGAUGGGAGACUGCCUGCUCAUGUGUGAAAGAGGCGGUCCAUGUUGGAGGACAUGAUGAGCUGCAGGACGAGGACAGACUGGGUGCAGAGAGACCCGGUCCUCUGUCCUCCCUCUAGCUGCUCAUCAAGUCUCCUCCAAACAAACUCAACAUCUGAAAGAGGGGACGUCACAGCCGAGAGACGAGAGCAGGACGGGAAGACCAAGGCGGAUACCAAGGAUACCAAGGCGAUGGGUCACUAGGUCACUUCCUGAUGGAGUUUGGAGGGCUCUGGAAGAAACUGUCACGAUGCCACACAGUUGAACGCAGGUACACAGUGACCAAUCAGACAGCAGCAUUUGCUCGGUGAGGCGCUCUGAUUGGUCAACUCUCUGCACCUCGUCUUUCUCUGCCUUAGUGGGUCCCUGCUGAGAGACUCGUCCCCCCUGCCCUGUGUCCCUCGGGGUCAAGGGUGGUCCAGCCCCCCCUCCACUGGUUCUGUUUGCAGAGGGAAACAAACUUUUUUUUUUUUACACUACAUUUCCUUUCUGAUUCUUUGAUUUGUCAGGUUGUGUGAUGAACUUGUUUGUGUCUUCUAAAGCUCUCGAUAUAAAGAAGUCUUUGUACCGCUGUCCUGUUAGUCCCUCCCAUCCUCUCCAAAUCAACCCACGCCUGGCGACGCCUCAGUUACGACCUGGACUCACCGUGACGCAGCAGACCACCGCUCUGCUCCCUCCUCCAGAUGUUUCUCAUUGUAUUUAUUCACUGCGCCGGCGCCCGGAGCUCCUCGUCCGUAAAACGUUCCCGAGCGGAGCUGCCCGGUGGGCGGAGCUGCCCCGCCCACACCGCUCUAACGGGUUCCCUGCAUUACCAUUUGAAAGGUGACAGUCGUCCGUCUCUGUAGCCCGGCUUCGGCGGCCUGCUUUCGCCAUGAGUGAGGACGAGUCUCCAGUUGCGGACGUGUGUGGUGCGUCCACUGGGACUUCUGAUUGGAUGACAGUUUGUGGAGCACCAAUCCGAUGCUUGCGGCUGACUUCACGCCAUGUCAUCAAGGAAACAUUCGGGGACGUUUUACUAACAGGCCAACAGACAGCUCGCUGCCACAGUUACCCCAUUUGUUUUUAGUUGGUCGAACUUUGAUGCUAAUAGUUAAUUUUUGUAUUUUAAUAAGAAAAAGGAAAAAAGUGAUUUUCUGUAUUUGCAUGCACUCCGGCCGUACGUCUGUUCUUUCUUCCGUAUGUUUGAGCACUGUAUAGUAGCUGUAUAGUAGCCGUCUGAGGUGGAGGUAGAGUUAGACGCAGAGAGACCGAGAGGACGAUGCCACGACAACACGACCAGUCGACCAUUUGAUGUAAUUACUGAUAUGGGAUCCUUAUUUUCUGAGUUCAUUUGUUUUCAUAAAUAAACAGAUAAACUGA